AUCCGCGAGACGGUCGCCAUCAUCACCCUCAUCUGCGCCAUGCUGACAACGCAAGCGGCCCUGGGCAUAGUUGUUGUUCCUCUCGAGAUCAUCGGUCGAACAUUCGACGUGGAGAAUAAGCCCGGUCAACUCUCCUGGUUCGCUGCCGCCUACAGCUUGACGACGGGAACCUUCAUUCUGCCCAGUGGCCGGCUCGGUGACGUGCUUGGCCACAAGAAGCUCGUCGUUGCCGGAUAUGCCUGGACAGCUCUGUGGGCAAUGGCGGCCGGCCUGGCCUCUUAUGCUAGCACGCCGGUGGUAUUCGACAUCUGUCGCGGCUUCCAAGGGGUUGGGUACUCUCUCCUGCUCCCUAACGCGGUAGCCUUGUUGGCAAGGACGACGCACGAUGGGCAUUGGAAGCGGGCCCUUUACUUCACCUGCUUUGCGGCUACAGCCCCCAAUGGGUUCAUCUUGGGGGCGUGUUUCAGCUCAUUGAUCGCGCAAUUUCACCCGGAUAGGUGGGAGUUUGCAUUCUACCUCGCAGCGAUCUGCUUGGCCGGGUUGGCCGUGAUUGCUGCGGGUGUGCUGCCUAGUGAUGCCUAUCUGAGGAGAGUGCACGGCCAUGAUGAGGACGAUCACGACGAGGGGGAGCGCGACUGGAAGUCAGGCCUUGUCAAAUGGUCCCGCCUUCUCGAUGUGCCCGGAACAGUACUAGCCGUCAGUGGUCUCAUCCUCUUCAACUUUGCCUGGAAUCAGGCAGCCGUAGUAGGCUGGCAAGUGGCAUACAACCCGGUCCUCCUCGUCGUCGGUCUCCUCCUCAUCGGCACCUUCCUCUACUGGGAGUCGCGCCACGCCACGCACCCCUUGAUUCCAAAGACGAUCUGGACUACGCGAAACAGCAUCGUGCUCCUCUGCGUUGCACUCGGAUGGUCAAGCUUCGGGAUCUGGAACUUCUACUCCGUGCGAUGGUGGAUCCAACUCAGAGGCGUGACCCUCUUGACGGCAGUCGCUUUCACGACUCCCGCUGGAGUGGCCGGAAUCAUAGCUGCUUCCCUGUCGGUCUUUCUCCUGUCCCGCGUCGGUCCAGGUCCCGUAAUGCUCGCAGCCCUCUGCGCUUUUUGCGCCGCGAACGCCUUGCUGGCCACUAUGCCCAUUCAGCAGACGUACUGGGCACAAUCUUUCCCGUCGUACGCGGUCGCGCCACUGGGGAUGGACAUGAGCUUCCCCUCGGCCUGCCUGCUGCUGGCCUCAGCGCUGCCGCAGCGACAUCAAGGUGUUGCAGCCAGUGUCGUCAAUACGGUGGUGAACUAUUCCGUGGCGCUAGGACUGGGAAUAGCGGGAACGGUCGAGUCGCAUACGAGUGGGGAGGGGUUGGUGGGUAAGUGGGAAGGGUACAGAGCUGCCCUGUUCUUGGGUACGGGCCUGGCGGGGCUGGGCGUCGUGUUGGCGCUGGCGAAU